AUGGCUCCUGCUAAGGGAUUACCCAGUCAUAAGUCAUAUCCUAUUAUUCUUAGCCAAUGCUCAAAGGAAUACUGGUUUCCUGUUAAUGAUCUAACUACCUUUCUUCCUUGUGCAGUGGCCAAUGCUAAAAAGGCUGAUCCGAAAGCUCAGGCCUUGAAGACAGCUAAGGCUGUCAAAUCAGGUGGCCAAGUGUUUAAGAAGAAAGCUAAAAAGAUCAGGACAUCUGUUACAUUUCACAGGCCAAAGACAUUGAAGAAAGACAGGAACCCUAAAUAUCCUCGCAUUAGUGCUCCACCCAGAAACAAGUUGGACCAUUAUCAGAUACUAAAAUUUCCUCUAACCACCGAGUCUGCAAUGAAGAAAAUUGAGGAUAACAACACUCUGGUAUUUAUUGUUGAUCUCCGUGCUGACAAAAAGAAGAUUAAAUAUGCUGUAAAGAAGAUGUAUGACAUUCAGGCCAAGAAAGUGAAUACUUUAAUCAGGCCUGAUGGAACGAAGAAAGCGUAUGUUAGGUUGACUCCAGAUUAUGAUGCCUUAGAUGUAGCCAACAAGAUUGGUAUCAUCUAA